AAUCUAUCCAUUCAUAAAUUAGUAAUCUUAUUUUUUCAAUGGCGGGUUUUAAGUAUGCGUUUCAUCUGAUUCUGGUACUGUUAACGUGUGAAAUAUUACGAUAUUGUGAAGCUGCUCGGGCCCGAGGGCCACUGAGCGGGUUAGCCUCUCCGGCACCGUCACCAAGCCAGGCUGAUGGAACCACCUGGGCGGUUCUUGUUGCUGGUUCGAACGAAUACUACAAUUAUAGGCAUCAGGCUGACGUGUGCCAUGCAUACCAAAUACUGAAGAAAGGAGGACUCAAGGAGGAGAACAUAGUUGUGUUCAUGUACGAUGACAUUGCUUAUAAUGAAUAUAAUCCGAGGAAGGGUGUUAUUAUAAACAGUCCUCAUGGUGAGGAUGUCUAUGCUGGUGUUCCUAAGGACUACACGGGGACGAAUGUGACGCAAAAUAACUUGUUUGCGGCGAUUCUCGGUAAUAAAAGCAUGGUUGAGGGCGGCAGCGGAAAGGUUGUCGACAGCGGUCCUAAUGAUAGAAUUUUUAUAUUCUAUACAGACCAUGGAGGUUCUGGAAUACUCGGAAUGAUUGAUGGAUUCCUUUACGCGAAAGAUCUCAUUGACGUGUUAAAAUUGAAGCACAGCACCGGGACAUACAAAGAAAUGGUCAUCUAUGUAGAAGCAUGUGAAAGUGGCAGCAUAUUCCAAGGUUUGCUGCCGGAUGAUAUGAACAUUUACGUCCAAACGGCCUCGAAUGCAACUGAGGAUAGCUGGGCAACAUAUUGUCCUGGGGAUCUAGAUCACCCUCCUCCUAAAGAGUACUCAACUUGCUUAGGCGACUUGUUUAGUGUGUCUUGGAUGGAAGACAGUGAGACUCGUGGUCCAGAGGAUGAGACUUUAGAACAACAGUACUUAAAGGUCAGCAAACGAACUUCUAAUGAUUCUCAUGUAACCGAGUACGGGGCUAAGGAGAUGCAUAACGAAGCGGUCUCUCUUUAUCAAGGUCAUAAUCCUGCCCCGAAGACUAGCCAAUUAAGUGAAUUAAAUUCGCCCAUGGCUGCUACUUAUCAAAGAGAAGCUGACAUUCUUUCCAUGUGGGCACUGUACAAAAAUUCGCCUAAUGAUUCAGACAAGACCAAAAUAUUGAAGAGGAUUGAGGAGACUACGGCACAGAGGAGGCACUUGGAUGAUAGCAUAAGCAUGAUAGGGAAUGUUCUGUUUAACUCUGUAAAUCCUAAUUCUAUUCGGAACAGAGCAAGAGAACCAGGCUCAGCGGUUGUGGACGACUGGGAUUGCCUUAAAUCAAUGGUUCGAAUUUACGAAACACAUUGCGGGCCAUUAACUCAGUAUGGGAUGAAACAUAUGAGAGUAUUUGCAGACAUGUGCAACAAUGGCGUCAGUGGCUUGGACAUGGAGAAUACUUGCAUGACUGUUUGUAGCUAGAAAGGAAAGCAAUAUGUGGACCUCUUCUGUUGCUAGCUUUGUAUCUGCUUGACGUUGCCUAAAGGGAAAUGUAAAAAAGACUAUAUACAUUUAACAUUUCAAUAAUACACACACAAAUAACGCAGUGUUU